AUGAAUUUCUUCAAGUCAAAACCUCCCCCACCGCCAUCAUCCGAGAAUGUCAUUCCCGAGGCGAGUGCAAACAUCCUCUCUCGCAUUACGUUCUGGUGGGCCGGUAAUCUGAUGUACCGCGGUUACAAACGUCCCCUAGAAAAAGAAGACCUCUAUGUGAUGAAUGACAAGCGAACUGCAAAAUAUUUAUCGAUGAAGUUUCAGGAGGAAUGGAAAAAAGAGUUAGACAAAGUGGGUACGAAUAAAAAGCCAUCAUUGUGGAAAGCAUUAUAUAGGACUGUGGGAUGGGGGUUUACGCUCGCGGGUAUUUUCAGGAUUUGUGGUGAUACCUUACAGGUCACUUCGCCGUUAUUGAUUCAGGGUUACUCCCUGUUCAGUAACUUCUUCUUCUUUAAAUCCAUGGAAACAGGAGUUCUUACUCGCACCAUACUUAUUGAUGCCAUCUAUCGAAAAGCCAUGGUGCUUAGUGGAAAAGCACGCACCAUUUUUACCGUCGGAAAAGUCACAAAUAUAAUGUCGACGGAUACCACACGUCUGGAUUUUGCAGCUGGCUAUGCACACAUCAUGUGGGCUGCUCCUGUAGAAACAUUCAUUGCUCUUGGUUUAUUGAUCAAAAAUCUCGGAGUGGCUGCUUUGGCUGGAUUCGCAUUGCUUGUUUUAAUGGGGCCCGUUCAGGGGAAAGUUAUGAGAACGUUGCAACGUGGACGCGCAAAGGCAGUUAAAAUUACCGAUGAGCGCGUGAAAUUGACGCAGGAAGUGCUGCAAGGUAUUCGGGUGAUAAAAUAUUAUGCAUGGGAAGACAGCUUUUUAGAAGCUUUAGAUAAAUUGAGAAAAAAGGAAGUCAGCUACAUUAGGUUUUUAUUGAUCAUAAGAUCCUGGAUUAUGGGCGCUUCGAUGGUGGUCCCGGUGUUCGCCACUAUUCUAUCAUUUGUUGUUUUCUCUCUCCGCGGCGGAGAUCUCACGGCUGACGUCGCGUUCUCUUCAGUAGCCUUAUUUAACAUCAUCCGCCUGCCUCUCAUGCUACUACCGAUGGUCAUAGCCGCUUGCACUGAUGCCUUCGUGUCCGGAAAACGUAUCAAAGAAUUUUUACUAGCAGAAGAACUUGAGUCCUUGCCUAAAAUUGCAUACGACAAUGAAUAUGCCAUUCGAAUAGAGAACGGGGAGUUUCAAUGGGAAAGUGCGCCACCCGAAGAAAAAAAGAAAUCAGAGAAAGAGUUAAAACGAGAAAAGAAAUUGAAGAAAAAGCAAAAGAAAGAUGAAAAAAAUGGACAGGGCAAAGGUGAAGGUGAGGAAAUUGACGCUCAAUUGGAGAAUGUACAACCACUCAGACCGUUAUCUCAUCUCAGAAACAUCAAUAUUUCCAUACCUCGUGGCGCUUUGGUGGCCAUUGUGGGUUCCGUUGGAUCUGGGAAGUCAUCAUUGCUCUCAGCUUUGGUAGGUGAGAUGAAGAAAAUAAAUGGGGAGAUCGAGUUUGGUGGAAGUGUAGGCUAUUGUCCACAAUCUGCAUGGAUUCAAAAUGCCACCCUGAGGGAUAACGUGCUUUUUGGGUUGCCAUUUGAUGAGGAGAGAUAUCAACGGGUGAUCAAGGAUUGUUGUUUAGAGCCGGAUUUGGAAAUCUUGCCGGCACAGGAUCUGACCGAAAUCGGGGAGAAAGGAAUUAAUUUGUCUGGAGGACAAAAACAACGUGUCAAUAUUGCCAGAGCGGUAUAUUAUGAUGCUGAUAUAGUGUUACUUGAUGAUCCAUUGUCUGCUGUGGAUGCUCAUGUUGGCAAGACCUUAUUCGAGAAUUGUAUUUGCGGUACCUUAAAGUCUAAAACUAGAAUCCUCGUAACCCACAAAUUGGGCGUCCUUCAGCAUGUUGAUUAUGUGAUCUUCAUGGAAGACGGUGAAAUCACCGAGCAAGGUACUUAUGAAGAGUUAAUGAAUGCUGGUGAAAGCUUUUCCAAACUCGUAGCUGAAUUUGGAGAAGGUGGUGAUGAUGAUGGUGAUGCGAAAUCGGAGACAAUAGCCGAAGAUCCUAAAGAGGAAACCCCCAAAAAAGAUAAGGUUGCAAUCGCUGGAAAAGGAUUGAUGACCAAGGAAGAACGAUCCACUGGAUCUGUAAAUAAUGAUAUCUACAUAGCAUAUGUGAAGUCAGCCGGGGGUUUACUGUUGGUACCACUGAUAUUUAUUAUAAUGCGAUGGCUUGGUCUAAGAUUGGAUGCAAUUGCGAAUCUUUUAAUAUUUUUCGCAAGUUUAUUUUCCAUCGUUCAACGAUUCUCUGUCAACCCCUCGAUCACGGGUUUUGUUUUGAGUUACGCUUUGCAGGUUACGGGGGUUUUCAAUUGGUGUGUGAGGCAGGCUGCCGAAAUGGAAGCAAACAUGAAUGCAGUGGAACGUUUAGUUUAUUAUUCAGAAGAAUUAGACAUGGAGGCGGAUCUCGUAGUUCCCGAUAAUCGACCACCACCAGAAUGGCCUAAUAAGGGUGAAGUGAGUAUUAAAGAUUUGGUAAUGCAAUACGGACCUAACAACCCGCCUGUGUUACACGGAAUCUCGCUUGAAAUUCAUGCAGCCGAGAAGAUUGGAAUUGUCGGAAGGACUGGCUGUGGUAAAUCCACAUUGGCAACGUCGUUCUUUAGAUUUGUGGAACCGACUUCCGGAAAAAUCUUGAUUGAUGGAGUAGACAUUUGCGCCAUAGGUCUGAAAGAUCUUAGAAGUAAGAUCACCAUAAUACCUCAAGAUCCAGUGUUGUUUAACGGUACUAUAAGAAGUAAUAUCGAUCCAUUCAACCUACACGACGAUCUUACUAUUUGGAAUGCUCUAAAAGGAGCAAAUCUAAUCCAAGAGAAUCAACCGAUUGCCUCCACAUCCGCCGAUCCUGAAAAAAAUGAAUUUGCGCUGCAGGAAUCCACUACUAAUAAUGAAAAACAAGAAUUAACGCUCGAGUCACCGGUCAAUGAGAAUGGUAAUAAUUUCUCACAAGGUCAACGACAGCUGAUUGCACUGGCCCGUGCAUUAAUUAGACAUUCAAAGUUGAUAAUAUUGGAUGAAGCGACAGCCAGCGUCGAUUUUAAAACUGAUUACUUGAUUCAGACCACAAUAAGAGAGGGAUUUAAAGAUAGCACCGUGAUAACAAUAGCACAUCGUCUGAGGACGGUGGCAGAUUAUGACAGAAUUUUGGUGAUGGAUGCGGGAAAUGUGGUAGAGUUUGAUGCACCCUACACGUUAAUGCAAAAUCCAGAUUCGAUGUUCAGAAAAAUGUGCGAGCAGAGUGGUGAGUUCCAGGAGUUGUUGGAUAUUGCGAGGCAGAAGUUCGAGAAUGGUGCCUAUCGGGAGAUUAACGAGUGA